CUGGUCCUGAUUUGUGCGCGCGGCUGGUCUCCGGUGAGCCGGGAUCCACCUCCCGGGUGUGGGUCUCUUGCAAGCUUUGCCAGGGCUUCCUUAGGUUUUGGCGCUCGGGUGUCUAGGGGGCGUGCGUGCAGCUGCGACCCGGCUGCGAGACUCUCUCGCCCCGGGCUCCUCGGCUCGCUCAGCUCCCCAGCCGCAGCCCAGCAGGGAAGCCCGCGCCGCUAGCUCCGCGCGGGAUGGAGCAGACGGAGGUGCUGAAGCCGCGGACCCUGACCGAUCUGAUUCGCAUGCUGCACCAGCUCUUCGCCGGCGACGAGGUCAAUGUCGAGGAGGUGCAGGCCGUCAUGGAAGCCUACGAGAGCGACCCUGCCGAGUGGGCGGUGUACGCCAAGUUCGACCAGUACAGGUAUACCCGAAAUCUUGUGGAUCAAGGAAAUGGAAAAUUUAAUCUGAUGAUUCUGUGUUGGGGUGAAGGACAUGGCAGCAGUAUCCAUGAUCACACCGACUCCCACUGCUUUCUGAAGAUGCUACAGGGAAAUCUCAAGGAGACAUUAUUUGCCUGGCCUGACAAAAAAGCCAAUGAGAUGAUGAAGAAGUCUGAAAGAAUCUUGAGGGAAAACCAGUGUGCCUACAUCAAUGAUUCCAUUGGCCUGCACCGAGUAGAGAACAUCAGCCAUACGGAACCUGCCGUGAGCCUUCACUUGUACAGUCCACCUUUUGAUAUGUGCCAUGCCUUUGAUCAAAGAACAGGACAUAAAAACAAAGUCACCAUGACAUUCCAUAGCAAAUUUGGGAUCAGAACUCCAUUUACAACUUCGGGUUCACUGGAGAACAACUAAGGAGUACUAAACUCUCUGAGGUUUUACUUUAAGGUUCACUGUAUGUUUGCCUUGGACGGGAAGGCCACCCAUCACUCACUGUCCAGUAUUAUACUUAAAUAAGCUGAUACUUAGAUCUACUGUAAGGCAGAUACUAAUUAUAAGGCAUUAAGUAAGCAAAUCGAGCCCUGAGCUACUACAGAAAGAAAAAAGUCAUGUGAUUUUUAAAGGCUAAAUCAAAUGCUCUCCUGGUUCUAUCUUCUAAUUUCACUGAAACUGUACUGGGAGUGUGCUGAGGGUUUUUAGAAAUUUGGGAAACACUUUGGUCUCUUGACUGUAAUUAGCAAUAAGUAAAAAUAAGAAACCACAAACUGCUUUGUUACCUGGAGGACUAAAUGUAGAUGUCUUUAAUAUGCUUUGUAUGCUCUUAAUAUUUGAAGAGAAUUUUUUGAAUCUUUGAACUUUAUUUUUUCAAUCUCAUUUUACAGAUUCCUUUUCUAUGAAUAAUAGGGGAACUUAAAGUGCUUUGCCAUUUGGUAAUGAAAUGAAGGGCAGAGGGUUUAGAAAUGUACACGUUCCCAAACCCACAGCAAACCAAAACAAACUUGUGUCUGUAUUCCAUAGUCAUAGUCAAAGACUUUGUACUGCUACCAAAAUUUCCAAAUAAUUUUAAUAAAACUGGAUUUGAACACAGUUCAAAGUUGUCUUUCUGAUUAACAUGAUAAAAAGCCACAUAAAUCAUAGAUGCUUAGAUUUAGAUUAACAAAAGCACUGCGAAAAUUCUUUUAUGGUGUAAGUUUAUGACGAAGGCCAAAAAAUGCAUUCAAAAGCAACUUACCAUUUUGGGCUUCAUUAUUUGACCAGAAAUACCAACCUGAGGGUCUCUGGCUCUAGUGUGGCUCAUGACAUAAUCAGUUUUGCCUGACAAUUAUGGGUCUGUAUCUGUAUGUGUUUAAGUGUGAAUUGGUUUUCAACAUUUAAAAACUAGAGGUUUCCUGGAAGAAGAUAGGGAUUUUUAGCUUCUUGAGAAUUUGAAUGAUCUAGAACACUGGGUCUGCACUACAUUUUAAUUGGCCUCAGCUAGCUAGGCUAGGGUCUGCCCCUUAAGUGAGGCGCUUUUUCAGUCAGCUGUAAUCUCCAACUCACCUGCUUCCAUUAUUUACUACCUGCAAAGCCCACAUAAGCAUUUGAAUUUGCUGCUCCUGCUCUAGGCCAUUUUCUUAGGAAUAUGUGUCAUAAUAGAAUUUAUCAUCUCUAAACUUUAUUAGGAAGCAAAAUAUUUUGAAAAUAGUUUCUAUUGUAGGUCAUUGAUUGUGGUGUUUAUAUCUCAGAAUUAUUUACUUCUUAGCUUCUUAUCUUUGAGAAGGAUAUUCAUACUUACUGAAUGCUUACCAUAUACUGGCAUUGUUAUAAGAUAUUUCAAUAUACUAAUAAAAAUGUAAAAAACUCCUAA